GAGCCGCAGCGGCUUCGUAUAAGAGCGGAGGAGAUGCGGGUUCGUCAACAGACACGGACCCGAGAUGGGUGUUCAGGGCCUGGCCACUUUGUUGGAAAACUACGGGAAGAUCUACCGGGAGGUCCGGUUCAUGAAGAGCCGGCUGGUGAUCGACGGCUGCAACCUGCUGUACCUGAUGUACUUCAACUCAGGUCUGGACGAGAAUCACGGUGGGGAGUACGCCGCCUUUGAGGAGCAGAUUGAGAAGUUUGUCUCGGCCCUCAGGGACUGCGGGAUCAUGCCAUACGUGGUACUGGACGGAGGCACUGAUUCCACCGACAAGAAGCUUGAUACUCUGCUGCAAAGAGCUGAGAGUCGGAUCAAGAAAGCCCAUCAGGCAGCAGUGGAAGGGAGGAAGCAGCACAUCCUGCCACUGCUCACCAAGAUGGUGUUCAAACAGACCCUGGCCCGGCUGGAGGUCCCGGUGGCACAGUGUUAUGGAGAGGCCGACCAGCAGAUCGCCGCCCUGGCCAACGAGUGGAAGUGCCCGGUGCUAUCCAACGACAGCGACUUCUACAUCUUUGAUCUCCCUGCGGGGCUGCUGCCCAUCUCUCAUUUCAGGUGGGAGGCGGUGGAGCAGAGCGGCUCGCAGCGCUACAUCCCCUGUAAGAGCUACAAAACCUCCAGCUUCUGCAUUGUCUUCAACGUCCAGCCCAAGCUCCUGCCCACCUUAGCCGCCUUGGCCGGGAACGACUACGUGAAGCUGAGGAGGAUGGAGACGCCCAUCAACUGGGCUCAAUUUGACACCACAGGCAGUGAGACACAAAGCCGCCUGGAGGGGCUGCUCUGCUGGUUGAAGGGCUUCACGACGCCUGAGGAGGCGCUGGAGGCGGCGGUGGGGCUGAUGGAAGGACUGAACACGAAAAGAAAGGCAGAGGUGAAGAACAGCUUGAAUCUGGGGAUGGAGGAGUACAAGCUGCCUCCCACCUACCUCAGCAGGUUCUUCAUCCACGGGAUAGCACCCCCGCUCCCAGUGGUGGAAAAGGUGUUCUGUGCUGUCCUCCUGCAGGUGGCGGUUCCUAUCCCGGACUGGAUCCGGCUGCCUCUGAUGCAGGUCCGGCUGACCGCAGACGUCCUGGACGUGCUGCAGCUGCAGAGGAUGAGCCUCGGCGUCUGCGUGGAUCACAAAGACACGCCCACCGCUAACCUGACCUCCAGGCCGCUGCGCCAGGUGAUGUACGGGCUGCUGCUGGGCGGAGGAACGCCGCUGCAGGUGGAGGAGAGAGACAGAGAGGGCCUCCAGAUGAAAUUCAACCUGGUCCCACCGGCCUUCAGAGGGGUCGCUCAGCGGCUGGUGCUCAACUCUCUGAAUAAGGCGGAGCUCUCCGAGCGUCUGCAGCUGCUGCUGGACAGUCUGCAGGUGACCGAGGCGUGUCUGAGCCGCCUGCCGCCUCAGCUGCGCCUCCCGGUGGCCGUCAUCUGCUUCUGGUUGCAGAGCGCUCGGCCUCGGCCAGACGAGAAGCUGCUGAAGGCGCUGCUGCUGGGGCUGAGCGUCAGAGAUCCUCUGAGACACACAACAGCACUGCAGACUGAGGAUCACCGCUGUAAACGACAUCUGGACCUGACGGCGGUUCAUGCCUUUAACCAGUGGCAGGUCUGCAUGAAGGACAGCAUCCACCUGAACCAGCUGCUGGGCUUCCCUCUACCUGAGCCUCAGGUGUCACGGUUGUAUCAGGGGGUGCUGGUCCACGAGCUGGUCCACAGGAUGAGGACUACAGGAAAAGUGAAGGCCUUCCUGAAGAGCGACCGCUCCAGCGUGAGGCAGUACCGAACCAUGCUGACCGUCGUCCACCAGUUUCAUGCUCAGAGAGUGUCGACGCCCUCAGAGAGCCACAAUGAAGCGGCGGCGCCGCGGCAGCGGCGGCCUCUGGACGACCUGACUGCCAACCUGCAGCAGCUGUUCCUGCAGUACGAUGACGAGGAAGCUGCGACUGAAAUCAACAGCGCCGUCAGAGCGCAGCAGGAGCUACAUCUGGACGAACUGGUGUCAGUGAAAACUCGGUACAGAACCAAGGAGAGAAACAACCGGAGUCACAACCUGGAACUGGCCCGCAAGGAAGAGAGCAGGGGCUGGGACCUGCUCUGAGGACUGAGGGACAGUGUCUCUUCUACCAGCAGUUUCAUAAAGAACAAACGGGACAGAAACAAACCAAAACAGGGAUCAAGGGCUAAAAGAAUUUAAAUACUGGCACAUGUUCAAAUGAGGAGGCAGAUCCACCAGCUCUGUUCUGGUGGAGGAGAAUUUCCUCUGAUGAUCUCAGCUUGAAGAUACUGGAGAGUUUUUUUGUUUGUUCUCUUCUGGCUUUUACAUUUUAUUUUCUUUCCUGUUUUUAUGAUGAUUUAUCAUCAGCUGAACAUUCUGGUUUGGAAGUGUAUUUAUAUUUGCCUGUUCUAUUUAUAGCAGCACUUUUGUACUUGAAAAACAACACUGUUCACUUUUAAACAUUUUUAUCUUUUGUACAACUAAAGAGGACUGUUAGAUGUGACUGCAGCUGUUUUCAAGUCAAGAAAGGAACUUUUUUAGAAUUUUCUCCACUAAUCAGUGAUGACUGUUUUAGUUAAACUUAUUUGCACUUAAUGAGAAAAUGGGAAUAUAGAAUUACAAGUAAGGAAAUGUUAAAUCUGUUUUGUGGUGUCAAAUUAUUUUUAAUGUUAAUGUUCAACAAAUGAAUAAAUGUUGCUCUCUUGCUUUAA